CUCACAAACCCUUACGAUUGCUUUAUCAUAUUCGCAACUCACCAAACUUCAAUCCCGAGCACUUGAAAACAUAUUGGCCUGAACGUACCCAAGUCUAGUCUUUUAGAUCGGAUAGAAAAUGGGGAAAUAUUACUGUGACUACUGUGACGUCUUCCUCGUCAGCGAAAGUCCUUCAGUUCGAAAGGCUCAUAACAGUGGUCGGAAUCAUUUAACCAACGUUCGGGAUUAUUACUCAUCUCUCGGUCAUGACAAGGCCCAAAACAUCAUCGAUGAAAUUACACGGAUGUAUGAGAGCGGUGGCUCGAAUCCCGCGAGGCCAAAUGGUGGCGGUGGGGGUGGAGGAGGUCCAAUGAAUGGAAAUAUGCCAGGUCCACCAGGAAUGAUGCGAGGACCUUUUCCAGGACCACCAGGGAGUGGACCACUUUCAAACCUACCACCAUUCCCUCCUGCGAUGUUAGCCCUGAUGAACGGGGGUAACUCUAAUGCGAUGAAUGGUGGUCAACCCCCUAUGCGUUUCGCUGGACCCCCGAUCCUGAAUUCUAAUGGUAUUCCGCCUCCCUCUGGUCCACCCGGACCUCCUCCCGGUCUUGGACAUCAUUCAUCAGCUCCUCCACCUCCUCAUCACGCCUUUGGCAAUAAUAUGCCCAAUGGGACUGGUCAUCAACCAAAUCAACCCGGACCGCCUGGACCGCCUCCUGGUUUGAUUGGUGGUAUGAAUCCGGAACGUGCUCGACAGUUGGGAUUAAUGUGAGGUAUGCUUGGAAACACAAAGACGAGCGCACCCUUCAAAUUUGCUCCCCUUGUACAGAAAUGAAGCACUUGGAACCAAAAAACUUGAUCAACAUUUUGAUAUGUUAUAUGAAUAUC